AUGGCUUUGAAGCUCUUGGCCGGUUUUGUGGCGCUGACUGCGCAUGCUUCGGCUACGUACUCUCAGGCAGCCCUCAAUUCGAGCGCAUUCCUCCUCCUCCACCCGCCAAGAUUGCCCACUUUGGUCAAGAACGGCGUUGCAGCAUCGUCGCCGAUCAAGGGCCAGAUUGGACCUGGUGCGUCCCUGGCUGACAGGAUUGCUAGCAUCAUGAAUGGCAUCUCCAAUGAGUUUGUGCAGCGGGUCUUUGUGAUUCGUCGUGCACUUGAUGUGUGCACACCAGGUCCGAUUCCAAUUUGUGUGCCGAAAGUUGCCAUGUUUGCCCAUUCAGCUUUGCUUUUAUCUGCUGGCCCACGUGACCGUGGCAGCGUCAGCGACUACUGGAUCGUGGAGUACAUGCGAGCCGGCAACCACGAAGAUGGCGAGAUUCAUUGGCGGCCCGUCAAAGGCAAUGGUGGCACAGUUUCCCUGACAGCUGUUCGCGAAGCUGGAGCUCCUGCGAGGCUGGAGUGGACAAAGCAAGCGCUUGGCGCGGAGCCAGACUGGAGGAAUGGCCAGUGUUGGACCGUGUCGACCGUGGUUGAGGAGAUGGCAAGGGUGAUGAAGAUCCUCACCAAAGACAACUACGACAUGCAGGAGUGGAACUGCCAUAUGGCGCAAGAACAAGUUCGCAGGAACAUGGGCCUUGAGGUCUCGUCUCCGUACAGUCCAGCCUUUGGAUCUCCAAAGCCUUCGGGCCCAGUCGAAGAGUUCAUUCAGAUGGUAUGCCGUGGAGACCUAGAUGUCCGUUGA